AUGUCUGAUAAUACAAACACUACUCCUACAGCUACGAAAAAUCAAAAAAAGACAUCCACAAAGAAAAAAAAGAAGAGUAAACAAACACCUAAUGAACAGCAGUUAGCCUUGCUACAACAACAACAACAGCAACAACAGCAACAGCAAGCUUUGCAGCAACAGCAACAGGCGCAACCUCCACAACAACAAAGUGGAGGCAGUAAUAAUAAAAUGCCAAGUGUUCGUUUGGAUUUAAAUCUUGAAGCUGAACUCUAUUUGAAAGCGACUGUUCAUGGUGAUGUAACUUUAUCAUUGCUGGCUUAA